AUGUCGACAGAAUCCACACAGUCGCAGGCAUGCUGCAACACACCCGCUGUAGUCAGCGAGGGCUACCAACCCAAGGGCGAUUACAUUGAGGCAGACGGACUGAAGACUUAUCAAACCGGCCCCAAGGACGCAAAACAAGGAAUCCUAGUCGUCUACGACAUCUUUGGAUUCUUCAACCAAACACUCCAAGGUGCUGAUAUCUUGGCUUACACCGACAACCAGAAGUACCAGGUCUUCAUGCCCGACUUCUUCGAGGGCAAGCCAGCCGACAUCUCCUGGAUGCCCCCGGACACCAAGGAGAAGGAGCAGAAGAUGGGCGAGUUCUUCCAGUCGCAGGCUGCGCCGCCAAAGACGUUGCCGCGCAUCCCGAAGAUUGUCGAUGAACUCACUCAGAAGUACGGAAUUGAGAAGUGGGCUAUCAUUGGCUUCUGCUGGGGCGGAAAGAUUGUCAACUUGUCUUCCAUGGAAGGCACAAAGUUCAAGGUCGCAGCAGCAUGCCACCCCGCCAUGGUUGCUGGCGACGACGCCCCCGGCAUCAAGAUUCCCUACAUCAUGCUUCCAUCAGGCGACGAGUCAAAGGAUGACGUCAAGAAGUGGCAGGAAGGCAUCAAGGUUCCUCACGUGGUUGAGUGGUUCCCAGACCAGAUCCACGGCUGGAUGGCGGCGCGCAGUGACCUUUCGCAGGAGAAGGUCAGGAAGGAGUACGAGCGCGGAUACAAGAUGGUGUUGGAUUUCUUCCACAAGCAUAUGUGA